GGUCUGGGACAGCCGGGAGCUGCAGGUGGCACACACGUUCCCGGCCAAGGGGCACAUUCAGACGUGCUGUGACGUGAGCCAGGACGGGCGGCACUGCCUCAGCAGCAGCAGCGGCUCCGCUGGGGAGGGCGCCGAGGUGACCCUGUGGGACCUGCGGCAGACGAGGAGCCGAGUGCGCGAGUACAAAGGGCAUUUCCAGACCACGACCUCGUGUGUUUUCCUUCCCCGGGGCCCAGCUCUCGCCCCCAGCGUUGCCACGUCCUCGUGUGACAGCACAGUGAAGGUCUGGGACCGAGACACUGGAGCCUGCCUGGCCACCUUGUGCCUCGAGGGAUCGGGGGCGCUGGCCUCGCUGGCCGCCUGCGACAGCUCCACGCUGCUCUGCGCCAGUGGCAACUCAGGAAUUCACCUUCUGCGGCUGAGGGACGGCGCAGACCCGGCCCUGGAGGAGGUGGCAGUGUUUUGA